AUGCGAGCUCUGGAGGAGAAGCGGGAGUGGUUCGCAGACAGCAGCAGGCUGCGAGCGGACGUGCCCGAGGGCGUCGGCUUCUACAGCGCCCCGGACCUGGGCAGCGCCAUCGCCGGCCGCGUGCUCGGCUGGGGCGAGAGCGUCGAGGGCACUGCCGUGCGGAGCUGGCUGCGGGUGGACGGCGCCUUCUUACCCCUGCGCAUCGGUGAGGUUCCGGUGCUGCGCCCCGCAGGCGCGCCGGCCGAGCCCCCGCGGGGGCGGCAGACGGGGCGAGCCGACCCCGAUCCAGUGGUUGCCAGGCUGGCGGCGUGGCUGGAGGACGAGUGCGGUGCGACUGGCACUGCCCGCCUCUUCGUGGGCCUCUUCGACAAGGCUGGGCACCCUGUGAGGGGUAUAGGGGUUGCCCAGGACGUGCCACGAGAUGAGUACGCGAUCUGUGUGCCGCGGCGCUGCGCGAUAAGCCCGGACGAUGCCCAGAGCUUUCUCCUGCCCAGCGACGUGGACACUGCCUCGUGCGACUCCCUCUCCCGCUUGGCUUUCUGGAUGGCACUGGAGCAGGAGAAGGGCGAUGCGUCCGAGUGGGCUCCACAUUUUGCUGCGAUGCCGACCGAGGCUGAAUAUAAGACAUAUCACCCGGGGUCAUCGAAUCUUGAUGACAUGUCGCUUGCACCCGAGGUGGACGUAUGGCAAUGGUGGCUGGAUGCGCUCAAGCAGUGUCACGGUGGCCGCGCGGUGCCGACGUACGAGGCAAUGAAGCUGCAAUACGUGCGGUUGAUCACCCGCCAGUUUGAGGAGGUGGGCCUCGUCCCCCUGGCCGACAUGCCCAACACCGGGCCGCCCGGGCAGAACAAUGUUCAGCAGACGUACAACGACGAGGGCCAUUUCUGUCUCACGCCAAAAGGGACCUCUGGGCGGGUGAGGAGGUCCUGGUCGACUACGGCGGCAGUCACCACAGCCCACUGA